UUUUAAUACCAUAAACAGAAAAAAUACAAAAAGAAGAGAAGUUUGAACGUAGAGAAUAGGUGAAAGAUGACGUCGUCGAAAGCGCAGUCGCCGGCGUAUCCUAGCGCUGCUCGUAUCUCCGACUCUGAUUGCUUCCCUGCUUACACCGCCUCCCUUAAAUGUUUAGAAGAAUACAGCAAUGAGAAGAGUAAAUGCCAAGAACAUUUUGACAUUUACAAGGAAUGCAGAAAAAAGGAGGUAAGGGUUCUACUGUAUGAGAAAUGCUUUUUUAUAUUUUCAUAUGUUGAUUGUUGAAUUUGAGAACAUGUAAUUACCAGCGUUAUGACCUAAGAGAUGAGUUAUCUCCUUUCUUUGUUGUGACAGAGGGAAGCACGGCUGGAACGCAAUAGGAGUCGGUCUCUCUUCUCAUGAGUAUAUUGGUACAAGGCUUGAUUAUUGAGUGCUAUGUAUCCCACAGCCUUUUUUAUUUUUUCCUACUUGUAGCUAGCAUUGCCCUCGAGUUUUUUACUCAAAUAACAAGUGUCUUCUAAUUGUGUUUUCCUAUAUAAGUUAGUGAGAAAACCACUUUUGCAAUGCAAUGCUAUUCUAUGCUCUGUAUCAAAAUUCGAUAUGGUGUGAAAUUUUCAAGGGGCCAAAGAUCUUUGUUUUUACA